AAACAACCCUGCUCGUUCACCCUGUGGAGGUACCGGCGUGAGCGCUGGGCUCCAGGCCCGGGCUGCCCGAGCUCAGCUGCAGCGGGUGUCGGCCCGGGUCUUCUCUGUCUCCCGGGACUCUUUCCGCCGUCUGAGGGGCAGCGGCAGGAGUUUCCUCGGCUUGAGUCCCGGGGUCCGGGGUUGGAGGAGGCCCGGGCCCUCGGCCUGGGGAGCACCAGCCCGUUUCUCACCUGGUUCUCGCUCUUCAGUUACGGAGGCUCCUUUCCCCGCUUACCACGUGUGUAAGAUAUGGGGGUGGGGGGUGGAGGUGGAGGAGAGGCCUUAAGUUGAGACCUCUCGCUGGGCCCUGUCCCCAGGCGCCCCUGUCCCUGCAGAGGCCUCCUCCCGGUGAAGGAGGACACGCCGGUAUGUGGCCCAGUCCAGUCCGGGCUCCCAGUGCCCGGUGCCCCCACCGGCUCAGCAGACGGUCGGUCGGGGGCUGGACGGAGGCGUGACCAGGCCCCCAGGAGGAGGCGAGGCCCCUUCCAGGAAGAUGGGAGCAGCUCUCACCCCGGCCAUCCCAGGGCUCUGACUUCUCCACGCAGGUGAACUCCUCUUCCCUCAACUCCCCCACGGGGCGCGGCUCCAUGGCCGCCCCCUCGCUGCACCCCUCCCUGGGGCCCGGCAUCGGCUCCUCGCUCGGCUCCCCGGGACAGCUGCACUCGCCCAUCAGCACCCUGAGCUCCCCCAUCAACGGCAUGGGUCCGCCCUUCUCGGUCAUCAGCUCCCCCAUGGGCCCCCACUCCAUGUCCGUGCCCACCACACCCACCCUGGGCUUCGGCACCGGCAGCCCCCAGCUCAACUCGCCCAUGAACCCCAUCAGCAGCAGCGAGGACAUCAAGCCCCCGCUGGGCCUCAACGGCGUCCUCAAAGUCCCGGCCCACCCCUCGGGGAACAUGGCGUCCUUCACCAAGCACAUCUGUGCUAUCUGCGGGGACCGCUCCUCAGGCAAGCACUAUGGGGUGUACAGCUGCGAGGGCUGCAAGGGCUUCUUCAAGCGGACGGUGCGCAAGGACCUGACCUACACCUGCCGGGACAACAAAGACUGCCUGAUUGACAAGCGGCAGCGGAACCGGUGCCAGUACUGCCGCUACCAGAAGUGCCUGGCCAUGGGCAUGAAACGCGAAGCUUGUGGGCGCGCUGCUCGGGCCCUGGCGGCGGAGGGGCUGCCGCGGGAGCUGCGGGCUGACUGGAAGCCUCCCCGUGCCUCAGCUGUGCAGGAGGAGCGGCAGCGGGGCAAGGACCGGGCUGAGAACGAGGUGGAGUCUACAAGCAGCGCCAACGAGGACAUGCCCGUGGAGAAGAUCCUGGAGGCCGAGCUGGCUGUCGAGCCCAAGACCGAGACGUACGUGGAGGCAAACGUGGGGCUGAACCCCAGCUCGCCCAAUGACCCCGUCACCAACAUCUGCCAGGCGGCCGACAAGCAGCUCUUCACCCUGGUGGAGUGGGCCAAGCGGAUCCCACACUUCUCCGAGCUGCCCCUGGACGACCAGGUCAUCCUGCUGCGGGCAGGCUGGAACGAGCUGCUCAUCGCCUCCUUCUCCCACCGCUCCAUAGCCGUGAAGGACGGCAUCCUCCUGGCCACCGGGCUGCACGUCCACCGCAAUAGCGCCCAUAGCGCGGGGGUGGGCGCCAUCUUUGACAGGGUGCUGACGGAGCUGGUGUCCAAGAUGCGGGACAUGCAGAUGGACAAGACGGAGCUGGGCUGCCUGCGCGCCAUCGUCCUCUUCAACCCCGACUCCAAGGGGCUCUCGAACCCGGCCGAGGUGGAGACGCUUCGCGAGAAGGUCUACGCGUCCCUGGAGGCGUACUGCAAACACAAGUACCCCGAGCAGCCAGGAAGGUUUGCAAAGCUGCUACUUCGUCUGCCGGCCCUGCGCUCCAUCGGCCUCAAGUGCCUGGAACACCUCUUCUUCUUCAAACUCAUCGGGGACACGCCCAUCGACACCUUCCUCAUGGAGAUGCUGGAAGCCCCGCACCAAAUGACUUAGGCCCGUGGCCGUUCUUCGCACCCGCCGGUCAGGCCGCCCCGCCCGGCUGCCAGCAGCUCUUCUCAGCCGAGCCCGACCCGCCCCUCCUCUGCCUGGAUGUUUGGACUUGGGGGCGUGGCCUGUCACUGCUAAGCCUGAGAUGUGCUGCCACCCUCGUCAUUUUCAGUACUACUCGACUGGACCGGGCAGUGGCCAUGCUGGGGUGGCAGCCGGAGUGGCAGGAACUGGUGUGAGCCCCGGGGGAGCCCGGGCGGCUCACGGGGUCUCAGGCCCCCGCCCCCGGAGCUGCAGCGGUCAGAGGGUGGCUUUGUUCCGUCACUGUUUUGUUGUCGCGAGGUCCUCUGUUUGCAGGGAUCCCUCUGCCUCCUGUGUGUGCUGGCAACCUGCCAGCCCGGCCUCACCCACAAUCGGGAGGAGGGGACAGGUGGGGGGGUUGGCAUUUCAUUGCAAAAGACUCCACCUGCCCCCUGGGAAGACGGGAGGGGCUCUGGGGCAAGCAGCCUUGUCUCCCCUCAGAAUGAAGGGUGAGCAACCCCUGUUUCCAAAGAUGACUUUCAGCUUUGUCCCCGAGCCAGUCAGAACAGAAGCUGACCUCUGUGCAGCCCUGGGUAACCAACCCCCACCCUGCCCCCAAAUCUUGCAGUCUGUGCCCAGGGCCAAGGCUGACCCCAGUCCCCAGUCCUGGAGGGCUAGCCUGGUCUCUGGCCCUCCUGGAAGCACUGGAGGGCCAUGCCAACCUGGGCUCUGCUGACCUCUCAAGGGCAGAGGUCAUCACCAAGGAGGCCCACAGGGACGGGAGGAGAGGAGAGUCACUUUCCCCAGAGGGCCCUCGGGCAGCUGUGCACGUCGAAGGAGGGACUUGUGGGCGCAUGGCUCGGGGCAGGGGGCAGAUGGUCCAUUCUGGAACGCUCUGGGUAGAGAGGCCCCUUUGCUGGCUGUUCUGUCCAGAGGACUCUUGGGGUCAGGAACCGUUGAGUGCCAGCACCCUUGGGCCGGGGCUGGAUGCCCCUCGGGGACAGCCAGCCCGGCUGUUGUCUUGGCCGGCUGAUGGAGCCCUUUGUGGGAGCUCCAUCAACACCUGCUCUGGUUGAGGGCACCUCACCCAGCCCUGCACCCACCCCUGAACCUUUCACCCACCCCAGGCAGGCAGGCCCUCUGCCCCUGGGGCGGGGGCGGGGGGCAGGGUCUCUCAGGUUGAACUGGCCUCUUUUGCACUGUAAUGCCCUCCCUUUGGUCUGAGUACUUUCCAUUCGCAUGCCUCGUACUCCAUGAACCCAGCAUUUGUCAGUCGUGGGGGGGCCUGAACCGGGCCGGGGGGCUGGGGGGCCGGGGGUAGGGGUUGGGGAGGAGAGUCCUGUCUCCUCAGCCCAUGAAGGGGAUGCUCUGCGGUGCCUGUCUUCUUCCCACCACUCCCCACCAGAGAGGCCCCAGAGCGGGGGUGGGCAUGGGGGCUGUGGAUGCCCUCCCCCCGAGUCUGUUCCCCCGGGUGCUGCAAGGGUGCCCCUGGGGCUGGAAGGGGAGAUGCCGGCCUCCAGGCCUCUAGGGAGGACGGGGUCCAUUCUUUGCCCUCCAGAGUCUGGCCCGAGCUAAGCGUGAGGUGCCUGGACAGAAGAUGUGGAAGCUUCCACAAACACGUCCUUUCUCUGGCACCCCACCCCGCCCUUAACGUGGUGGCCCAGGCGAGGCAUCCCCUGCCACACAGGCACCCCCAGCCCCGUCCACCAUCUGGGGCAGAGAUGGGGCGAGCCCACGCCUGCCUAGUUGUCCCUCUUCCCAGACUCUUCCUGCAAGUCUUGGCACCCUUUGGGGGCAUGCUUGUGUCAGGCAGAGGGACGCCGGCACCCUCAGGGGCCUCCCUCUGGGACCCCCUCCCCCUGGGAACGUGGACCGCCCCCCGGCCCGCCACCCCGGUGCCUUCUGUAGCCAGAUGCACCCUGUCCACGCCCAGCCCCCUCCCGCUGCCCCGGACCCCUCGGGAACGUGAUGGCUCCAGUGGGAAAGACCCAGGAUGGAGCGCUUUGCUGGGGGGUCGGCCUCGUGGGCUGACUGCCCGUAAAGCACUGAGGUCCCCAGGCCACCCCCUCCCAAAGCCGGAAACUCCCUGGCCCCUCGCCGCUCAGCCUUCGUGGCCCCGCCGGCACGGCAGCAUCUCGGGCUCUUGGGGGCCGCCCUUUGAUCUUCUCCUCGGUCCGCUGUCACCGAUGUUGUCAUGCAGUGCUGUUUGUUUGAAAGAUGAUGGUGGGGAAACGGCACAUUACUCAGUAGAGAGGUAGGAUUUUUAUUUAACCAGACCUUCAGUAGUAUUACCAAUCUGGUUCAACUAAGGUGAUUUUUUGUAAUUAUUAUUAUUAUUAUUAUUA